GCUGCUGCAGGUAUGCCAGCGGGUGCUGGGGCAGGCGCUGUUCGAGCGGCUGAUGAAGAUGACCUUCUACGGGCAGUUCGUGGCCGGGGAGGACCAGGAGGCCAUCAAACCGCUCAUCGGCGGCCGGCGGAACCAGGCCUUCGGCGUGGGCGCCGUGCUGGAUUACAGCGUGGAGGAGGACCUGAGCGCCGAGGAGGCCGAACGCAAGGAGCUGGACUCCUGCACCUCUGCAGCCGAGAAGGAGAUGGGAGGAGCAGAACAAAGGGAGAAGCAAUACCGAGCCCAUCGGGGAUUUGGAGACCGCCGCGGUGGGGUCAUCAGCGCCCGCACAUAUUUCUAUGCUGACGAGGCCAAGUGUGACCAGCACAUGGAGACUUUCCUCCGCUGUAUCGAUGCCUCAGGUGGCAGCUCGGAGAACGGCUUCUCGGCCAUCAAGCUGACAGCACUGGGCAGACCUCAGUUCCUGCUGCAGUUCUCGGAGGUGCUGGUGAAGUGGCGGAGGUUCUUCCACCAAAUGGCUGCGGAGCAGGGCCAGGCUGGGCGGGCAGCGCUGGAGAUGAAGCUGGAGGCAGAGAAGCUGCAGGAGGCCCUGGCCAACCUCGGCAUCGCGACCAAGGCGGAGAGCCAGCACUGGUUCACGGGCGAGAACCUGGGCAUGAGUGGCACUGUGGACCUGCUGGACUGGAACAGCCUGAUUGACAGCCGCACCAAACUCUCCAAGCUGCUGCUUGUCCCCAACAUGCAGACUGGGCAGCUCGAGCCACUGCUCUCGCGCUUCACCGAGGAGGAGGAUCUGCAGAUGAAGCGGAUGCUGCAGCGGAUGGAUGUCCUUGCCAAGAGAGCCACGGAGAAGGGCGUAAGGCUGAUGGUGGAUGCAGAGCAGAGCUACUUCCAGCCAGCCAUCAGCCGCCUCACCCUGGAGAUGCAGCGCCGCUUCAACAGGGAUCGGGCGAUCAUCUUCAACACCUACCAGUGCUACCUGAAGGAGGCUUACGACAACGUGACAGUGGAUGUGGAGCUGUCACGCCGGGAGGGCUGGCACUUUGGCACCAAGCUGGUCCGUGGCGCCUACAUGGAGCAGGAGCGGGAAAGGGCAGCCCAAAUUGGCUAUGAGGAUCCCAUCAACCCCACCUACGAGAAGACCAAUGAGAUGUACCACAGGUGCCUGGACUAUAUCCUGGAGGAGAUCAAGCACAACCGGAAAGCCAACGUGAUGGUGGCAUCUCACAAUGAGGACACAGUGAAGUUCACCCUACGCAGGAUGAUGGAGCUUGGGAUCCAUCCCUCGGAGAAGAAGGUAUACUUUGGGCAGCUGCUGGGCAUGUGUGACCAGAUCACCUUCCCCCUGGGUCAGGCCGGCUUCCCUGUCUACAAGUAUGUGCCCUAUGGCCCGGUGAACGAGGUGCUGCCCUACCUGUCCCGCAGGGCCCAGGAGAACAGGGGCUUCAUGCAGAGGGCGAACCGGGAGCGGGACCUUCUCUGGAGGGAGGUCAAGAGGCGGCUCCUCACAGGGAGCCUCUUCAGCCCCAACCACUAACCCCAACCCUGGCAUCCAGCCCAGGGGCUCCUGUGCCUUCAUCUGUAACCACUACUGCUGUUCCCCAUCCUAGUUCUACUGCAGUUUUCCCCCCCUCCUCAGCACCCUUUGCCCUGGGAGGGGACAUGUCCUUGUUGCUGUUGGAACCACAGAGACCUUCUGGAGGUCACUGCUGUAGGGUUGCCCUAGCUGGCACUGCCCCGAGGGAUGUCCCUCUGCCGCCCCAGUGGCUCUUGGGCUGUGUUUGCCCCGGGCUGUCUCAGGGGAGAUGCUGGGGCUCCCCUGCCUCGGUGGUCCUGGGGUUUUCCCCUCGCAGGAUUGCACAGGGAGAUUUGGCUGCCCGCUUCGUGCCAGGGUAGGCUGGGUGGCUUGGGAACAAGCUCCUCCAGCCUCUGCCGGGGCUUGGUCUCUUCCAGCUCCACAGAGGCAGAUGCCAGAGCAGAGGCCACAGUGACCUGUGAAGAGUCACUGGGUAGGGGCAGGAUGAAUCCCUGCUGCCUGUCCCAGGGCAGCCACUACCUGGUUCCUUACCAGCUUUGCAUGGACCAGAGCUGGGCAGGUCCUGGGCAGGACCAGGCUCUCCCCCCAUCCCACCAGGCUAAGCCAAGCCAAAGCUGCCUGGGGUUGUCCAUCCUCAGGCACAUGUCCAGUGGGGCAGAAGGGGUGAGGGGAGCUGGCCAAGCCUCAUCCCUGUACUGUUCCUGCCCUGCCUGCAGUCCCUGCAGUCAAGGACCAGAUCGGUGCUGCGGGCAGGGGCAGGGGCUGUGGAAGCACCAGGAGCCGGACCACAGCUCGGCUCUGCUGUA